AUGGCUACCCCAGGAAACUCCAACCACCGUGUCUGGUGGAAAGAAAGCUCUGUGUACCAGAUCUGGCCUGCGUCUUUCAAGGAUUCAAAUAACGAUGGUAUCGGUGAUAUCCCCGGUAUCAUCUCUGAACUGGAUUACAUCAAGAACCUCGCCGUGGAUAUCGUCUGGCUGUGUCCAUCGUACAAAUCACCGCAGGUGGACAUGGGCUAUGAUAUCGCCGACUACUACAGCAUCGCGGAUGAGUAUGGCACAGUUGAAGACGUCGAGAAGUUGAUUGCCGGAUGCCACCAGCGCGGUAUGAAACUCCUGAUGGAUCUGGUCGUCAACCACACCAGCGACCAGCAUGAAUGGUUCAAGCAGUCGCGCAGCUCCAGGGAUAAUGAGUACCGUAACUGGUAUGUCUGGAAGCCGGCCAAGUAUGAUGAACAUGGAAACCGCCAACCUCCCAACAACUGGGUUUCUCAUUUCCAGGGGAACGUCUGGGAAUGGGACGAACUGACCCAAGAAUACUACCUGCACCUAUACGCGGUUGAGCAACCCGACCUCAACUGGGAACACCCACCAGUUCGCAAGGCCGUGCACGAUAUCAUGCGAUUCUGGCUCGACAAGGGCUGCGACGGGUUCCGCAUGGACGUGAUCAACUUCAUUAGCAAGGAGCAGAGCUUCCCCGACGGACCCAUCAAAGACCCGCGGACUCCCUGGCAGUGGGGCGACAAGUGGUACGCCAAUGGCCCGCGCUUGCAUGAGUACCUCGCGGAUCUUGGCAAGAUCCUCAAGGAGUACGAUGCUUUCAGCGUUGGUGAGAUGCCGUUCGUCACUGACGAGAAAGAGGUUCUCCGUGCGGUGCAAUUUGACCGCAAUGAGAUCAAUAUGAUCUUCAAUUUCGAACACGUUGACAUUGACCAUGGAAAAUAUGAUAAGUUUGAACCUGGAAGCUGGAAGCUCACUGAUUUGAAGGACUUCUUUGAGCGGUGGCAGACCUUCAUGUAUACAAAUGAUGGUUGGAAUGCACUCUACUGGGAGAAUCAUGAUCAACCGCGCUCUAUUGACCGCUACACAAAUGCUAGUGAGGAGUAUCGACUGGUCGCGUCUAAGAUGCUGGCUACUGCCCUGGUAUUGCAGGCUGGUACUCCAUUUGUUUACCAAGGACAGGAGCUGGGAACCAGAAAUGUGCCCAAAUCAUGGGGUAUUGAAGAAUACAAAGACAUUGAUUGUCUGAACCACUGGAAAAGACUUCCAAAGGACGACACCGCUGCGCAAGCAAUCGCUCUGCAAGAAUACCAGAAGAAGUCACGCGACAACGGACGCACUCCAGUCCAGUGGUCAGGUGCUGAGAAUGCCGGCUUCACCGGACCUGGCGUCAAGCCCUGGAUGUCUGUGAACACCGACUAUGUGCGGGUCAAUGCCGAGGCGGAAGUCAAGGAUCCCAACUCAACGUACCAUUACUGGGCGACUGUGCUGAAAUUGCGCAAGCAGUACCUUGAUGUCUUUGUGUAUGGCGAUUUCACACUUUUGGAUAAACCAAAUCAGGAGGUCUUUGCGUACACUCGCCAGUAUGGUGACCAAAAAGCCUUGGUUGUGUGUCACUGGACAGAGAAGACUCUGGAGUGGGAUGCGGCCAGUAACGGUAUCACUGCUGUGAAACAGGUCUUGCUCGACACUUAUGAAGGUGUUGAUGAGGCUUCCCAGCGGUUCUCUGGUGAAAAGUGGACACUUCGACCAUAUGAGGCUGUGGUUUUGCUCCUGUGA